AUGUGCUGGAGAAAGCAGACCAUCUACACGGGCUGUCGGCACAGCGAGGUCCAAGAAAUCGCCUGCGACGACCAGAAGAAGAGCCAGAGGCGAUACGGCUACCCGGCGACGUCCAUGAGCCAGUAUCAGUCAUACCAAGAGGAGCAGCGGCAAGAGCAGCAGCACAAGAAAAGCUCCUGGCUGGCCCUCAUCUGCCCCUGCUUCUCCCUCACCUGCACGUCCCCGAGCAAGGAGAAAUGCCGCCUCAAGCCCAUCCUCGAUCCCCUCAACGGCAAGUGUCCCCAGUGUCUCAAGAAGAAAGCUGACGCAGCAAUGCUUAGCGACUUGGGCGUCAACUCGCCGCAGCGGCCGGAGGAGACCACCCCGACCGCCUCUAAGCGGCAAGGCUUCGUCGGCAACGGGCACUUGCCCGUCCAAGAACGCCCGGGGUUUCAUGCUGCUUACGGUGUCACAGAACCACAAGGGAGUCCGCAUCGGGAACGCUCCGCAUCGUCGAGGAGCCGGCGCGAUGGCGUGGUACCGACGGUGGCCGGCCGUGGCGAUGCGACGCCCGAAGCUUCUCGGAACCGGCCGCCGCUUUGGGUAAACGCUCGGUACGAGGAGGUUGUGCGGCAGGAACGGCUCCGCCGGCAGCAGCAGGAUACCCAACUUCGGGAGCAACAGCACAAAUAUGCGCAGCAAGAGCCAGCGCAUCGUGAUGUACACAAGAGCCAGGAUCAAGGGCCAAGUGGUUCUUCUACGUCAGAUCCCGAGGGAUGCGCAUUCGAUGAGCUCGGCGGGCCCGAAGAUUCGACUGUGCACCUCGUCUCUCGGCCCCUGCAAACCUCAAAGACCAAGGAGAACCAGAAUAAGACAAGGACGGCGAAGCCCCUCGGCCGCAGCACUGCCAGAGUGAGGAGGAGUCCGCAACUGAGCGUCGUUACGGAGGAGCGAACCAGCAGGAAUCAUCAGGCCGUGUGCUUGGAUUACAUUACGGAGAUGUCAUUGGACGAGUUGUUUGACGAGGUUGAGGAGAUGUGGCAAAUGGCCCCCAUCCAGCUGCGAUAG